AUGGUGCACGGCGCCCUCCUCGCCGGCGCCGUCGCAGGCGUCGCCGCGGCCGUGACGUUCGAAGUGACCGUCUUUGCGCCGUGGCGCGCGCAGAACUGGCCUUCGGGCGUCGCCGCCGGCCUGCGCUCCGAAUGGGCCAGCAUCAAGGCCGAGUUCCGCGACGUCGUCGGCGGCGCCGAGCCGCACGUGGCGCGCGCACACGCGAUGGAGAACAGGGAGAGAAGGCGGCGCGAGCAGCAGGCGAGACAGGAGACGCAGGAGGAGGAGGAGGCGCGAGAUCUGCGCGAGCUGCGAGAGGAGAUUGAGCAGUUCGAGAUGCACGAGCGCCAGUCGGCCCUCGUGCGGCGACGCAUGCGCGACGAGUUUGAUGCGGGAUUUGCGAGUGGCGCGCAGCGCAGCCAGGGGCAGCAGGGCAUGAGGAGACGUGUGGGCGCUGCUUCGCACGAGACCAACGACGUCCCCGCUUUGCCACCCAAGCCCUCCUCGCCCACGUCUUCGCGCGCCGCAUCCACCGCUCCUCGGUCGCCCUCGGCCUCGCAGCGCAGCCGCAGCGGCACGCUCAUCGACCUGACCGACGCUGCGCCCGCAUCUAGCAACGGCGGCGCGCAUCCCGACUCCGGUCCGCCCACGCCGCGCUCCGGCGCCAGCUCUUCUCCACGCGCCCAGCCGCUGCCCUUCCACGCCUCGCUCUCCUCGCACGACGCCCUGCUCGCGCCUCCGUCUCCCUCCAUGCGCCGCAGCAGUCACAGCGGCAGCGUGCGCUCCUCAAAUGAUGGCGCGAGCGACUUUGCCAUCGUCUCGCCCCCGCCUUCCGUCGCAUGGAGCGACGCCGCCUUUAGCCACUCCGGCUCCGACGCAGGCGUCGGCGCCGCACCGCUCUCGCGCGGGCCUUCGUCCCUCGGCACGCCUUCGUCGCACAUCUUCGACGAUACGGACGCCGAUCCCUUCGACUCGGCUGCCGCCGCGGCCAGCCAGAGCGGCAGCGCCAUGUUCCACUCUGCCGAGCGCGACGAGAGCGCGUGGCGCAUGCCGGGUGCCUCCACCAGCGGCGGCAGUCGCAACGGUGGCAGCCGCCACGGCAGUGCACGCAGCGAGACGGCCCUGUCCGACGAGGAAGAGUGGGAGCGCCUCAGCUACGCCUCUGCUUCUGCCUCGGCGACGAGUCCGCGCGCCAGCAUGCGUGCCCUGCGCGACGCUGAGGCUGAGAGCCGACUCUGAGCGGCGCCCGAGACGUCCCACCUCCUUGUGCGCCGUGCCGGGCGCUUCACAUACCUGCACACACACACGCCGUGCACCCUCUCAUUCUUCUCAUGUAGCAUCCUUUUACCAUCCGUCCUCUUCAUCUCGCUCGCUUCCUCGCCUUGUCUCGCGCCCCGCAUCUUCAUCUGUACAUCUACAUAGCACUCCAGCCCCGUCGCUCUCAACCAUUGCGCCUCGUCGCCUCGGCUCGAGCGUCAAAUCGUGAUCAUUCCAGUCUCA